CCUAAGUGUGGGAGAUGUUUGAAAUUAAGAGGUUUAAGUUGUACCUUAACCUGGAUAGCUCUGAUAGGCUGAUGGCGAUCCAAUCAAUAGCCACAGCUCCGACCCUUCCGUACAUUCACUCAGUGUGAUUUAGCGCACACAUAGCGGAACACGUAUUUGGUGUAGCCUAGCUUAUUGGCUCCCAACACCCCCUCAGCACCUGCCCGCUGACAUCAGUGUACUUGAGGAUCUGCUGGCCCCCCCUCGCCAGAUGUAGAGGGAGUUGUCAUCUGCUGCAGCCGUGUACACGCUCAUGAACACAUACAGAGGUGUACCUGUUCAAAGGGACAUGUUCUAACAAGACCCUUGUGCUGUCCAGUGAAGUUACCCCACCAUGCGUGAAUACAAGCUAGUGGUGCUGGGAUCAGGAGGUGUGGGAAAAUCAGCACUGACAGUCCAAUUUGUGCAAGGCAUUUUUGUGGAAAAGUAUGACCCCACAAUAGAGGAUUCUUACAGAAAGCAAGUCGAGGUCGAUGGCCAGCAGUGUAUGCUUGAAAUCCUGGACACAGCCGGAACAGAACAGUUCACGGCUAUGAGGGACCUGUACAUGAAGAAUGGCCAGGGCUUUGCCUUGGUGUACUCCAUUACAGCGCAGUCGACAUUUAAUGACCUACAGGACCUCCGGGAACAGAUCCUGCGAGUAAAGGACACUGAGGAUGUUCCCAUGAUACUGGUGGGAAACAAGUGUGACCUGGAGGACGAGCGAGUGGUUGGCAAGGAGCAGGGCCAGAACCUGGCCCGUCAGUGGAACAACUGUGCCUUUUUAGAGACUUCAGCUAAAUCAAAGAUCAAUGUUAAUGAGAUUUUCUACGACCUGGUGCGACAGAUCAACAGGAAAACGCCGAUGGAAAAGAAGAAGGCAAAAAAGAAGUCAAAUUGCACACUGCUCUAAAAUGCCCUCCCACAGCAGCUCCAGGCCAGAAACCUGUAACGAUUAACUGUUGCCCAGUUGGAACGUGCCAGCAUUCCAAGCCCUCUCCAGAACAUUUUGAAAAGGCUGACAGAUUCUUCAACACUCUUGAAAUCGGAGGAGAUGGCACAUACUUUCAAGAUAUUCUCUGCUUUUAAUGGCAAAGGAGUCCACCUGUUUCUUUUCUUUUUCUCUUCUUUUUUCGCCAUUGUCAGCCUUGUGUGAUGACAACUGUUAUUUGUUUUCUUUUCUAAGAUGUCUUUCUUUUGGAGAUAUCAGUUUAAAAGAAAAGAGACCAUGGGUGUAAAUCCGUAUAUGGGAACUAAACUGUUUUAUUGAAAGUAACAGAAAUCUUUGGCAUAUUGUGACUAUACGUUUGCAAAAGAAACCAUGUGAAAUGUUGGCCUUCGCAUACCUUUCUGCACUAACGGUGUCAACAGAAAUGCAUCAUUGUCCAUAAGUUUCUUGCUCCUACUUACAAGGAUGUGUAUUCAUGAGAUAACAUCUUUCCUAAGUGACUUUGUUUUAUAUUGAGAGCUGCAAGGCUUUCAUAUUUCCCAUAAUAUAUUCUAAUUCCAUUUUUGCAUAAUGAAGCUAAGGAAAUUAGUAUUUUAUAGACUGAUGGGGGAAAUGACGCAUUUUGAUUUCUGUGUCUUGAGGCUGAAAAUAUAUUGUACUAAACCAACUCUAAUAUUGCUUCUUGUGUUACCCUGUCACAAAUGAUUUUCCAGCUUUUAUGAAUGAUUAAAUUUUAGUACAUUUUCAUUAUUA